GAUUUCAUAGAUUUAUAUCAUAUUUACAUAAUAAAUACUUAAGUAAAUCAUUAUUAAUUGCUAGAGAAAGGUUAUGUUUAAGUGCUCCAAGUUUCUGUUACAAUGGAUGGCUCUGUAGCGUGCCCUGUAUGCAAUCGAGAAUUCAUAAAGGACCAAAUAGAAGAUCAUGUUAACAAAUGUUUGUUUCUCAACACACAACCUGAGAAAAGUGCCGCAAAAAGAAUGGGUUCGUUUUUUAACAGCAUCUCUCCCAAAGAAAAGCGAUUGAAGACAGAGAACAAUAUAAACAACAGUGCACCAAAACAUAUGGAGCCACUGCCUUCAAAUUCCACUCUUAACAGCAAUGGUAAGGAAGAAAUUACGGGCAAGAGUGUGCCAUUAGCCGAACAAAUGAGGCCUCUUAGUUUGGAUGAUAUUGUUGGACACAAGGAGUCAUUUGGUGCUGGCACUAUGCUGCGGUCUAUGUUAGAACAAAACAAAAAUUUUGGACCACCAGGCUGUGGUAAGACCUCGAUGGCUAAUGUGAUUGCCCAAAUCUGUAAAAAACAGAAGAAUUUGCGCUUUGUGAAGAUGUCUGCUACAAUGUCUGGUAUUAAUGAUGUCAAAGAAGUGGUUAAAGUUGCCAAAAACGAAGCUCAGUAUAAGAGACAAACUGUUCUAUUCAUGGAUGAAAUUCACAGAUUUAACAAGCUUCAGCAAGACAGUUUUCUGCCCCAUGUAGAAAAUGGAACUAUAAUGCUCAUUGGUGCAACUACGGAAAAUCCUUCAUUCAGUUUGAACAAUGCCCUGCUCAGCCGUUGUAAAGUUGUGGUCAUGGGAAAACUGACUGUUGAAGAUGUGGUGCUGAUAUUAGAGAGGGCUGUGGAGAAAAAUAAGGAUGCAGUUUUGGUAGACACAGAAAGCAACUUUGAAUGUCCUACUGAUGGUGAUAUACCUAGGUGUCUAGUGGAGCGCGCGUCUCUCCGCUGGCUGGCCGAGGUGAGCGACGGCGACGCUCGCGUGGCGCUCGGCGCGCUGGAGCUGGCCCUCACGGCGCGCGCCGCCGCCGCCACGCGCGUGCACGAGACUGGGCCCGCGCUGCUCACGCUUGACGACAUCAAGAAUGGUAUCAAGCGUUCGCACAUGGUCUACGACCACCACGGCGAGGAGCACUACAACACGAUCUCCGCGAUCCACAAGUCCAUCCGCGCGAGCGACGACAACGCGGCACUUUACUGGACGACACGGGCUCUGCACGGCGGCGAGGACCCGCUCUACAUCGCGAGGAGGCUCGUCAGGAUCGCCUGCGAAGAUGUUGGUUUGGCUGAUCAGAAUGCUAUAGUGGAAGCCGUAUCAUGCCUGCAAGGUUGCCAGCAGGUGGGCAUGCCGGAGGCCGACGUGCUGCUGGUGCAGUGCGCGGUGCGGCUGGCGCGGGCGCCCAAGAGCCGGGAGGUGUACGAGGCCAUGAAACGCUGCCAACACUCCCUUAGAGAAGCUAAAGGCCCGCUGCCGCCCAUACCUCUACACUUGAGGAAUGCGACGACGAAACUUAUGAAACAAAUAGGAUACGGUAAAGGAUAUAAUUUACUUCACAAAGACGAAUCGGGUCUAACGUAUAUGCCGGAAGGUUUUGAGGAUGUGGAUUUCUUUCGGGACGACGAGGGUGGGGGUUAGCUUAUAAAUCCAACUAAAAUAAAAGUUAGUAUUCCUAGAGUCAAUGUUUUAUUUAUUUGUGAUAAUCUCAUUUUACAUUCGCAUGACAUGGUAAAAAUGUUCUAUUUACAAGACACACACAAGUAAUAUUA